CAACGUGUAACUGAUAGUGUCAGGAGCAGUUUUUAGUCGAAAUCGACCCAAACAGAAAUCACGAUGAAAGCUACCCUAGUUGCUGCUGUUCUGGUGGCCGUGUUGGCUGUUGCCAGCUGUGCUCCCUACCAAAUUGCUUAUUUGAUCCCCGUGGAAGUGCCACUAACACGUGUUGCCCGCUCGGCUCAAUUCGGUGCUAGUGCAGCCAACGCUGGAGCCCAAAGCUUCAACAGUGGUUUCGGUGGAUUUGGAGGUGGAUUCUCCGGCAGUGCCGCAAACGCCGCUUCACAGUCUUUCUCCUCGGGUGGCGGAUUUGGUGGACAUGGUUUUCCGGGAUUCAGUGGCAGCUCAGCCAAUGCUGCCUCCCAAAGUUUCUCGAGUGGUGGUGGCUUCCCAGGAUUCGGUGGAUUUAGCGGUUCUGCGGCCAAUGCUGGUGCCCAGUCGUUCAGCGGCUAAGUACUAAAGCAAUGAGUAAUACUCAAUGACUAGAUAUGUUCGUGCCCCCGGAUACUGCCCAGUUUGAUUGCGAGGACUACGGUUACUUUUAAAUAGAUAUAGUAUGUAAUUUAAAUUAUUAACACAGGUUAGUUCGAAUCAGUUGCACACACAUAAGUUAUAGAACAUUGUCAUGACGCCGAAAACAUUUGUAACGAAGAAUGAAUGUGAUAAAUCGAUGUCCCCCAAAGACCUUCAAA